AUGAAGGCUGAGGGAAGCAGCAAGCUUGCCAAGGGGCCGGAUAAAGCUCAAAGCCUUCCCACAGAUAAUGGGAAGAGUCAUAAGAAGAAGAGUGGCUUCAGUCCUAAUAUGGAGAUGAGCCAGAUCCAAUCUGAAUAUGUGAUUGCUCCUUGUGGUGUCAAAACUUGUAGCGAUCUGGGUGAGAAAGCGAUGCCAAUGGCCGUCGAUGAGUGCUGA